AGCCAAUCAGAAGAGCGAUAGCAUCCCGCCUUUGCUUUCGUUGGCGGACACACGGAUCAGUCGACCUUCGGGGGUGGGGCGAGCCUCACCCCUGCCGUCUUCAGGCACUGGCGGUUAGUUUGAAGGAGGUGGCGGGAAGCUGCUGUGAGGUGGGCAUUUUCACCCAGAAGGCUGCCACGAUCUUUAACCACCAAAACUAACCAGCCAAGAUGUCUGUCGAUCCCAUGACCUACGAGGCCCAGUUCUUUGGCUUCACACCCCAAACAUGCAUGCUUAGGAUCUACAUUGCCUUUCAAGAUUACCUGUUUGAAGUGAUGCAGGUUGUGGAACAGGUGAUUCUGAAGAAGCUGGAAGGCAUCCCGGGCUGUGAGAUCAGCCCGGUCCAGAUUCGUAAAUGCACAGAGAAGUUCCUUGGCUUCCUGAAAGGGCGUUUCGAUCAUCUGUUUGGCAAAAUGGAGCAGCUGUUUUUGCAGCUGAUUCUGCGUAUUCCCUCAAACAUCUUGCUUCCUGAAGACAAAUGUCAAGAGUUGCAUCCUUGUAGUGAGGAAGAAAUCGAGCUUCUCCAACAAGAAAUUCAACAGUUGCAGGAAAAGUUCAAGACUGAGUUGUGCACCAAAGAGGCCCUUCUUGCAGAAUUAGAAGAGCAAAAAAUUGUCCAAGCCAAACUCAAACAGACACUAGCUUUCUUUGAUGAACUUGAGAAUGUUGGCAGAGAUCAUGGAACUAGUGAUUUUAGGGAGGGUUUGGUGUUCCUAAUCCAGAACUCCAGAAAACUCCAGAACAUUAGAGACAAUGUGGAAAAGGAAAGCAAAAAACUGAAAAUAUUUUAAAUUCUUAUCAGUGACAAAGAGAUUGUCAAAAAGUAGUGUUAAGGAAUUUGCACCAAUGACUGUCCAAACAGACCACAUAUCUUAUUAGACUUCGUUUGCUAUGUAGAUUCCAUAUCUUCCUGCCUUUUGAUGAAUUCUCCUGAAAGAUCUCUGUGUUCCCUUGAAAUAGUCUAUGAAGUUCUUUCCCUUAGAGGCCUCCAGCAGGUGGAAUGGGAUUCUUGCUUCAGUAGCAGCACAGUUGGGUGCAUGAAGAAAUAAGUGAAGUUAUAGCCAGUCCAAAAUAUUCGUGAAGUUGUA